GGAAGUUGAGGGUUCAUGUUGGAACACAGCUCUAUUUGCAUGCUAAAUAACAGUCGUGACAUUGAUUUUGUCAAAGUAGGAUCUCUUUCGAGGUCCCUGGAUGCCCCCUGGUGGUCACACCCCAUCAGCGCACGCAAGCCAAAUGGCUGCCAGCUGACCCCGCCCCCAAGGAUGACGGUCAGAGAGCGGCUCCGGCAGAACAUCUCGGCUGCCUUCUACCGGCAUGGCCUGCUCUGUGCCUCCUAUCCAGUUCCCAUUAUCCUCUUCACCUCUGCCAGCAUCCUCACGUGCUGCUACCCCCUGCUCAAGCUGCCUCUUCCAGGAACAGGCCCUGUGGAGUUCACCACUGGUGUCAGGGAUUACUCUGUCCCUUCCCAUGGGACUCAGGGUGACCUGGGCGAGCGUCCUGAUUGGUACCGGGGCCCCCCUGUGGCCUACAUCCAGCAGGUGCUGGUGAAGGCAGCAGUGUCGCCGUGGGACAGCAGCCUGGUGCCCGUGGACGUGUUCCGCUCGCCCCUGGGCCGGGUCUUCAGCCUGCUCGAGGAGAUCCGGGAUCACGUCUACACAGAUAGAAGCUUGGAGUCACUGUGCCUGCAGGUGACAGACCUGUUGCCAGGGUUACGGCGCAUGCAGUCUCUUCUUCCUGAGCAUGGCUGCUUGUUGGUCUCCCCGGGCAACUACUGGCAGAAUCGGCGUGACAUGUUUGACUCGGAUCCGGACAUUCUGAAGACGGUCCACCAGCAUGAGCCCAAAGGCCUUCACACGUCUGCCACUCUAAAAGACCUGCUGUUUGGAGUCCCAGGGAAGAGCACGGGGGUCAGUCUGUACAGCAAGAAGAGAGUGGUCACCUACACCAUCACCAUUGCCCUUAGCAGUUAUGAUGCAAGGUUCGUAGCAAGCCUGCGAGCUCGGCUGAAGCAGCUCCACCCGUCUACGAACUGCAGCUUGCGUGAGGACCACAUGGUGCACGUGCAUUUCAAGGAGGAGAUUGGCAUCGCUGAGCUCAUUCCACUGGUCACCACCUACAUCAUCCUCUUUGCCUACAUCUACUUCUCUACCCGUAAAAUUGACAUGGUGAAGUCCAAAUGGGGCUUGGCUUUGGCUGCCGUGGUAACGGUGCUCAGCUCUCUGCUCAUGUCUGUGGGGUUGUGCAGCCUCUUUGGCCUGACGCCCACACUCAACGGAGGGGAGAUCUUCCCAUACCUUGUUGUUGUGAUCGGCCUCGAGAAUGUGCUGGUGCUCACCAAGUCUGUGGUGUCGACACCCGUUGACCUGGAGGUCAAACUUCGAAUCGCCCAGGGUCUGAGUAGUGAGAGCUGGUCCAUCAUGAAGAACAUGGCCACUGAGCUGGUUAUCAUCCUGAUUGGAUACUUCACCCUGGUCCCUGCUAUUCAGGAAUUCUGCCUGUUUGCUGUGGUGGGGCUUGUCUCAGAUUUCUUCCUGCAGAUGUUCUUCUUCACGACCGUUCUGUCCAUUGACAUCCGCCGCAUGGAGCUGGCUGAUCUGAACAGGCGUCUGCCUGCUGAGGCGGGGAUGCCCCCUCCUAAACCCGGCCCACUACGUCCACGGGAAGCCCCGCCCCCUUCCCGCCCAUCUCCCCACACCAUCACACUACAGGCACCGGCAUUCCGGAACCUACGUCUGCCGAAGAGGCUGCGUGUGGUCUACUUCCUUGCCCGCACUCGUCUGGCACAGCGGAUCAUCAUGGUUGGUACAGUGAUCUGGAUUGGGAUCCUGGUCUAUACUGACCCAGCAGGUUUGAGGACUUACCUGGCUGCUCAAGUGUCAGAACAGAGCCCUCUUGGGGAGGCGGGACUUCCUCCUCACCUGGGCGUGGCUCCAGUGUUUCCUGGCGGAGACCCAACCAGUACCCUUAAUGUGCUUCCGGCCCCCGAGCCCACCCCCUUACCUGAGAACCAAUCCCAGGGCCAUGGAGAAGCACGUUCUGGCCCCGCCCCUCUGACCAGCCCCCAGAUAACCUGGGGCUCAGAGGAUGAGGAGGUCUGGAGACGACUGUCCUUCCGUUACUGGCCUUCUCUUUUCAGCUACUACAACAUCACCCUGGCCAAGAGGUACAUAAGCAUCCUGCCCGUCAUCCCUGUCACGCUGCACCUGAGUCCCCAGGAGGCCAUUGAGACGCGCCACCCCCAGGACACACAGCACGCACCCCGCACUAGCGCCAAGACCACCGAGCUCCAGGCAGACCUCACACUCUACAAGGUAGCUGCACUGGGGCUCUUUGCCGGGGUGCUCCUGGUCCUGUUGCUGUUCUGUCUGUACCGUGUGCUCUGCCCUCGCAACUAUGGACAGAAUGGCGUUCAGCAUGGCCGCCGUCGCCGUGGAGACUUGCCCUGCGAUGAGUACGGCUACUCGCCACCUGUCAGCGAGAUUUCCCCGCUGCUGCUGAGAGGCCAUAGCAUGGACAUUGAGUGUCUUGCAAAUGAUGGUAUGCUCUUGGCCAGCUGCUGUUUAGCAGGACAGAUCCGUGUAUGGGACGCACAGACUGGAGACUGUUUGACCGUCAUACCCAAUAACGGUUUACGUAGGAGCAGCAGCAGUGGCUGCUGGGAGCACCGUGACGGCUGGGAUCCCUCCAGCCCCGCCUAUGAUGCAGACUCUUUGCUGGGGCCAGAGGCUCGGAAUGCAUCCACACCCAUCAUGGACAAUGAACACCCCCUGCGUCGGCGGACCACACCCGUGCGCCCCGCCCUGUUCGGGGACCAGCCCGACCUCACGCCGCUCAUAGACACCAACUUCGGGGAGGUGCCGCCGUCGCAGAUGAUGCCGGGCUGCGGGUUCGACUUUGGAGAGCUGGUGGAGCGGGCGUAUAAGGAGCAUGAGGCGUCCCCGCCGCUACCAUUCCCGCCCUCUCCACCAGCGGCCCGGCAGAGACGCCGUAGUCUGGGGGACCAGUCAGUCGCACCUCCUGAGCAGGUCCUCCUGGCCCCCUGGGACUGGGACAGCUCGGUGUGGUCCAUGGAGCUCAGGGGUAACCUGAUAGCAGCCGGGCGAAGCAGUGGCAAACUGGAGUUGUGGGAUGCGGUAGAGGGAUCAUUACGGUGCUGCAAUGAGGAUGGAUCUUCUGGAAUCACAGCCCUGGCUUUCCUCAACAACAGGAUUGUGGCGGCCCGUCUGAACGGUUCUCUAGAUUUCUUCACAGUGGACAUACACAAGCCCCUGGGCUUGCUGCAGUACCGAGGACCACCGGGCAGGGCCAGCCUGCCUCCCUCACCUUGCUACAGCAGUGAGGAUGUAAUCAGCUGCCAGCUGACCCGCUCCGUGCAGUGUGCCCACCAGAAGCCCAUCACCGUGCUCCGAGCUGCAGCAGGCAGGGUGGUAACGGGCAGCCAGGACCACACUGUGAGAGUGUAUCGCCUGGAGGAUUCCUGUUGCCUCUUCACCCUGCAGGGCCAUGCAGGUGGCAUCACAGCCAUCUACAUAGACCAGACCAUGGUCCUGGCCAGUGGGGGGCAGGAUGGAGCCAUUUGCCUGUGGGAUGUCCUCACAGGCAGCCGCGUGAGCCAUGUGUAUGGUCACCGUGGUGAUGUAACCUCUCUGGUUUGCACCACCUCCUGUGUCCUCAGCAGUGGCUUGGAUGACCUCAUUUGCAUCUGGGACCGGAGCACAGGCAUUAAGCUCUACUCUAUACAGCAGGAGGUGGGCUGUGGGGCCAGUCUUGGCGUGAUCUCGGAGAGCUUGCUGGUGACGGGCGGCCAGGGCUGCGUGUCCUUCUGGGACCUGAACUAUGGCGACCUGCUGCAGACCGUCUACCUGGGCCAGAGUGGCGAGGGCCAGCCCGUCCGCCAGCUCCUCGUGCUCGACAACGCCGCCAUCGUCUGCGACUUUGGCAGCGAGCUUAGCCUCGUCUACGUGCCCUCCGUGCUGGAGAAGCUGGAUUAAACGCACGAGUGCUGCCGCCCCCUCCCGCACUCGUGUGUCUGGAAGAGGCCGCUGUCACAGGCGAGACGGGCUGCACUUGCAGCUCUUCGGCCUGGCUUUAGACAGAACUGCUCUUGGCUGGCACAACUCGGCAGCUUUCUUGGAUUAUGCACUUCCUAGUUUGUUGUGACUGAAAUAAGGGGAUGCAAGGCAGGUCCGGUGGUGGUGGUCAUGAUGAUGAUAUAUUUUAAUUGCCCUCUGGAUCUUCUCUCAGAGCAUUUUAUAUUUUUGCUAGAAUAUGACUUGAAAUGGGAUGUUGUCAUACUUUUUAUUAAUGCCUGUGCGAAUGCUUGUGGCACGUCACCCUUGAGGGGGCGGGGCUCAUCUGUGCAGAGAUGGGGCGGGGCUCAUCCGGCCUGCCUGGUUGAUCAGCACCUGGGUAGCAAGAGGAGUGUGGAUCUCCAGUGCAGCAUUUACAGCAGGACCAACAGCAUCUGAAUGGGACCCUGUGCUGGUAACAGCUGCCUGACAAACAAAACGAGAGAUGAGACCAAGUCCAUGAAGGCAUUUUAGAGUGACUGAAAUGAGAGGGGGGGGGGGAGCGAGAGAUGGAACUUUACACUGGUGGGGCACGUGUGUUGGUGUGACUCAUUGUACGAGAAUGAGAGUUUGUGUGAAUAGACGAGUUCGAUUGUUCAAUAGGCACACUGCAAUCAGCUGAACCUGUAAAAAGGGGGAUGGGGAAAUUUCACUUUUUAAUAUUUAAAAUCCCUUAUUUAUUAGUGAACAAUUCUAACAAUUUGUAAGAAAAUGCUAAACAUGCCUUUUAAUAUGAUGUCAAAUUUUACUGUACGAAAAGCUUUGACUAAUGUAAACAUUUAAUGAGUAGGACAGUAACAAAAGUGAGUUAGUGCUCUUGUUUUUCUACUUUGUAAUAUAUAGUUAUGUAAUAUAUACUUUUUUUUUUUUCCCCCUGGGGAGAAAUGGUGGUUCAGAAUAGAACUGGGAAUUUCAGUUGUGUUGCCUCCUGUAUAGAUGGAAAAACACUGUCCAACUCUGAGACUCAUCUGUGUGAGCCCUGCACUGGGAUUCACACUGAAUCCAAAUGUUUUUUACUUAUUUAAAAAAAAAAUCUUCUUUGCACAGUUUUCCACUUUAUUUAUGUAUAUUCCAGUAACGGUUUAGUUUAAUCCCCAUAUCUGAUACACUUUAAAUAAUGCAGUGUAUCCAGGUGCAGUUGGAAAUAUUUGUUCUAGUGGAUUUCAUUUACAUUCUGCAGUGCAGCUGAGAAACGGGCUUUCUCUGUUUCUUUGCGUUUUCUUGUCUUAAAAUGAUUACCUUUUUUGCUGUUGAAAACCAUGAGCAGGUCAUGAUGUAUGAACAAGCAUUUCCUCUGGUUGUUACUGUACUUUUGUAGUGCUUCCUGGAGGCUGAUUCACUGUAUCUGUAGUGCUGAGGGGAAAUCACCGCUGUAGGGGUUUGUAAGUCCAAGAAUACCGGACACCUGCUCAUGGCCAAUUCCAGUACAGCCAGAUUUGACGUACCUGCUUUAACCAGUUCAGGCAAAUGGACCAGCACUAGGAUAGCACACAGUGGUGCCCAUCUUGUAACAGAAUGAAAGGGACAGCAGAGCUAAUGCUGAUUACCACCACAUUUCAAAUACAUUGUUCCAGCCAGCAGGAGUAUGCAGUGUAGACAUGGACUAGAGGAACAUGCUCAAUAUGCGUGUGCGCAGAUAGAAAGUGUGGUUUUAUGAAAUGCAUAGUCAGUCCCCGGGCAGUGAUGCAUGUGCUGACUGAGCAUGGAGUUUCCUUCACUGUUGGCUAUGACGUCAGUGGUCAACAAGUCCUUUUGUCCCUUUCAGGAGAUGAAACUAUGUUUAAAGUAUAAGGCCACUUUGUCCUGUCACAGAUUGCUGGGGUUGUAAAUCGGAGGAUUUUCUAGUUUAAAAAAAAAUAUUUGAAGGUGAUGCAUGUUUAUUCUUUAAUCCUCUGUGAAGAGGGAUUUGGUAUUUAAUUUUUUUUUCUCUCAAUUAAGAAUUAUGUUUCUCACUUAUUGCCCUCACAGGUUGGAGAAGAAAUGGUCAUAUGUACAUGUCACUAUUUGCACACUAGUGAUACUACAUAUGGCUCCCAACUUAAUUUUCAAAAAUAAUAUAACUAGGUCCUCUUUCAGGGACAGACGAAGCAUCCUGGUGAAGAUGAAAUUGUCAGAUUUUAUAUGAAGCAUCAGCCAUUUGAAAUUUGACAUAUUUUUUUGUUUUUUUCCUUUUCUUAAAAACAGGUAUGAAAACAUUUUUAGAAAACUGUCCAUAGUUAUAUCUGCAACAUGUGUCGUGCUCAGCCUAGAUGAGUAGAAACGCACACAACAGUAAAUGUAUGUUAAAUUAUUGGCUCUUUGAAUGUAAAUAUUAUGUUGAGGUUUUAAGAUUAUUAGUUUGGUUGCUUUGUUUCCCAGACCUUAAAGUUUGUUCAGUGGAAAUGUGAUUUGUUUUUCCCUGUAAGUUUGGGGUGAUUUGAGGUAGAGACAAUUCCUGUCUCAGGUUAUGAUUGUUAAUGAAAGACACGUGGGUGUUGUGGCCUAAGCACUUGACCAACACAGAGUGAUCCAUUUCUCAUGGCAAAGCUGUCCACAAAUGAGACAAUAGCAGUCCAACAUGUCCAAGGUGUGUGACCAUCAAAAAAGCAGCUGAUUGUGGCGUUCCAAAGUUUACACUAAUUUUAUUUUCUAAGGUGAAGCCUAGUUUUAGGCCAAAUAAUGUUAGAAGUGGGAAAUAAAAAUUGGAGGGUUUUUUUGUUGUUUUUUUGCUCCCCCCCCUUCCCCCCCUCUGAUUUGGGUUAGUUGAAGCUGUCCUGAAGUCUUCCUCCUACUAAAAAUUAUCCCACAAUGCUAUUUAUAUUGUAGAUUUUGUCCUCACGUGGCAGUGUCACUCACUAAAGCUGAGACGUUUUAGGAAAAUUGCUGUGUGAAUAAUGCAAACGGCAGCACGGAGCACCCGCACUGCCGCUGCAGAGGAGUAGGCAAAUGGUGGGAUGUAAAUAUUGAGUAACUUGGUCCUCCUCCUCCCCCCAUGUCACACAGGGUACACAGACAGUAGAGGAUGUAACUAAUAUGCUGUUAUUUUUAACACAAACCUUUGUACUAAUUUGCAAAUAAAAAGGUUUUUAUACCUCG